GUCCAGUGCCGUCCGCGCGCGCGCCAGGCGCGACCGUGCGUCGUGUGGUGAAGAUCGCCGCGCGCGUGUCACCGGCGCCAUCCGUCGCAGCACUCGGCAGCCGCGCCGGCAGCCAUGGGCGGCUCGAAGCUGGAGUACGCCGAGCCGGACAAGUACUCGGCGCGGUACCUGCGCAACAGCCGCGCCAUCGGCGUGCUCUGGGGCGUGUUCACCAUCUGCUACGCCAUCCUCAGCGUGGUGGUGUUCGUGCAGCCGCAGUGGAUCGGCGACACGGCCGCCUCGCCCGGUUCGGGCUACUUCGGCCUCUGGCGACACUGCGUCCACUCGAGCGCCGCCCAGG